AUGGAUACCUGCGAUCUGUUCUCAAGCUGCAGGAAGGGGGACGUGGGCCGAGUGCGGUACCUGCUGGAGCAGCGAGAUGUGGAGGUGAACGUGCGGGACAAGUGGGACAGCACCCCAUUGUACUAUGCCUGCCUCUGUGGACACGAGGAACUGGUGCUCUACCUGCUGGCCAACGGAGCCCGCUGCGAGGCCAACACCUUCGAUGGUGAGCGCUGCCUCUACGGCGCACAGAGCGACACCAUCCGCCGGGCACUGCGCGACUACAGGCAGGUGACAGCCUCCUUCCGGCGGCGGGACCUCUACUACAGCUUCCUGCUGCGGCUCCUGGAGCAGGGCCUCCACAGCGACGUGGCCUUCGUGGUGCACGGCAGGUCUUUCCGGGCGCACCGCGGCAUCCUGGGCGCACGCAGCACCUACUUCGCCCACAUGCUCGACACCAAGUGGAAGGGCAAGAGCGUGGUGGUCCUCAGGCACCCCCUGAUCAACCCCGUGGCCUUCGGGGCGCUGCUGCAGUACCUGUACACAGGCUGCCUGGACGUCGGUGUGGAGCACGUCAGCGACUGCGAGCGCCUGGCCCGACAGUGCCAGCUGUGGGGCCUGCUCGGCGGCCUGGAGGCCAAGCUGGCCUCCAAGCCGGGCGUGUGCAUGAAGGUGCUGACCAUCGAGCCCCCCCAGGCGGACUGCCAGCUCCGGGAGGACCUGACUCUGCUGGCUGACUGCGCCCUGCCCUCUGAGCUCCGGGGAGACCUCGGGGAGCUGCCCUUCCCCUGCGACGGCCUCAGCAGCUGCCCUGACGUCUGCUUCCGCGUGGAUGGUUAUGACUUCCUCGGUCACAAGGCCUUCUUCUGUGGCCGCAGCGAGUACUUCCGGGCCCUGCUGGACGACCACUUCCAGGAGAGCGAGCGGCUGGCGGCCUCGUGCGGCCUCCCGGCCGUCGCCCUGCAGAGCGUCUCGCCCGAGGUCUUCACGCACGUGCUUUACUACGUGUACAGCAACCACACCGAGGUGCCACCAGAGCUGGCCUACGACGUGCUGGCCGUGGCCGACAUGUACCUGCUGCCGGGCCUGAAGCAGCUGUGCGGCCGCAGCCUAGCCCAGCUGCUGGACGAGGACAGCGUGGUGGGGGUGUGGCGUGUGGCCAAGCUGUUUGGCCUGGCGCGCCUGGAGGACCAGUGCACCAAGUACAUGGCCAGGGUCAUUGAGAAGUUGGUGCAGCAGGAGGACUUCGUAGAGGCCGUGCGGGAGGAGGCCGCGGCCGUAGCUGGCCGGCAGGAGACAGACUCCAUCCCACUGGUGGACGACAUCCGCUUCCACAUGGGCAGCCUGGUGCAGACCCGCCACGCCAUGGAGCAGGCCGCACAGCGCCUGCGCGUGCUGGAGGAGCUGCUGGUGGCCAUCGGCCUGGACUGCUGA